GAUAAGAAAUCGCAUGGAAAAAUUUGAUAAGAACCAAAAACGGCGGUUUAUUCCGAAAAAUUGGAAUUAUUUUAGUAAAAAAAUUAUAAUUUAGAGAUGGAUGGCGAAUUAUUUAUUCAGAUUUAGGUUUAGUUUCAUCGUCCAGCCCCAGUGCAAAAAAUAUGGGAAAGCACAAAGAAUGGCGAAAAAUAGCCAAGAAAAUGCGACGAAAGCGGAUCAGAACUUUAAAAGCUAAAGAACGGGAUAAAAAGUUGAAAGCAGAGCAAGAAUCUCCUACGUUUCAAGCUUGGCUUAAGAAAGAAGAAGAAUUGGAGAAAUUUGAAGCCGAAGAAAAGGAAAGAAUUCGUAAAGAACAAAAUGAUCUUUGGUUGGAAAAUGAACGUUUGGCUAAAGAGCGCUGGGAAGAGCAACAAAUAAAACUCGAGCGUAUAAAAGCUGAGAAGCUCAAGCAAGAGCUGAAAAUGAAAGAGGAAUGGGAAAGAACGCAGCAGAAAAUCAAAGAGAAGAACGAGCUUGCUAAAAAAGAACAAGAACGAAAAAAACAAGAACAGGCCAUUUUAAUGGAUCGUAUCGAAAAAUACGUUACCGGUGACUACGAGACGUUGCCUUCAUCUGCCUUAACUUUCUCCGAAACUCAACCGGGUGCUCAAGAAUGUCCAUUUUUUUCCAAAGUUGCCGCUUGUAGAUUUAGAGACUCGUGUUCGAGAAACCAUAUUCGCCCUAGCAUCAGUAAAACUCUUCUGUUUCCUGGUUUUUAUUCUAAUUUUCGCAUCGAACAUGUCAACCAGUCUACCGAAUACGAUACCGACGUCGGAUUAGAGUUCGAAGAAAAGGAAAUUUAUCAGCAUUUUUUAGAAUUUUACCACGACGUUCUGGCAGAAAUCAAAAGUUUCGGCACUGUGGUUCAAUUUAAAGUGUGCAGUAAUGAAGAACCUCACUUGAGAGGCAACGUGUACGUUCAAUACGGUUCAGAAAGAUACGCUAUCAAGGCUUUUAGAGCUUUACAAGGAAGAUUUUACGGCGGUAAACGAAUUUCCGUCGAAUUUUGUACGAUCAAGACUUGGAAUAAAGCGAUAUGCGGUUUAAAUUCAGUCAAGAAAUGCCCGAAAGGAAGCAGAUGUAAUUUCUUACACGUGUUUCGGAAUCCAAACAACGAAUACAGCGUAACUGAUCGUGAAAUUAUUAACGAUAGGGAUGGUGAAUCAUCAUCGAGAAGUAUUCGAAAACCUACCAAAGAAAGAAGAUGGUCUUCUUCGCCGGAAUCAUCGCGUUACGAUGACAACUCCGAAGAUGAAUUUCGCCGAAAAGAUCGAGAUGUCUAUUCCGAACGUAGAUCGAGAAGGCAAUCUCGCACUGAACGUUCGCAACGCUCGCAACGGUUACGAUCUCGAUCCAGAUCCAGAAGCAGAAGUAAACAUACACAUAAGAAGUAUAAACAUCGAGAUGAAAUUUCAUCCGAAAGGAGCGUAAAACGUGAUGAAAAAAGAAAGAAGCGCGAUUCUUCGCGUGACCGAAGAUCUAGAAGUCGUACGAGGUGAUGAUGAGAUGGAUCUUGUCAAGUGCAAAAUAGCCAGAGAUUCUGAUGACAAUGUGGAAUGAAAUUCAUCCGCUGUUAGGUUGCAGAAUAUUAGAAACUUGUUCGAGAUGAUAUGCUGCUAUUUUUUGUCGAAUUUAUACGUUGCUGUUACGUGGUAAAAGUGGAUAAAUGAACAAAACCUGUACUCCUGUGCGUUCCGUUUCAACUUUUGGAGUGCUAACAAAUAUCAGUACCGUGCGUACUCGUAUUUGCAAAACCGAAGCUACUCUCUCGCCUGCAAUGGAAAGAUUUGUGGCGCUGGUGCAACAGUUCGCAAAAAAAAAAAAAAUUGUGUGUACGUCUACAUAGCUAUAGCUGCAUUUGGCGUGCAUAAUUCAUCGAACCGGUUCUGUUGUGGUCUACGUAUCGUUUAUAAUUAUCGUUACUAUGUAUUCCUUACCACACAUAAAAAAUGUGUUUAAUUCUGUAACAUUAUUGUUCGAGUUGAAAAUUCAAAUUUCAAAUUCGCGACAUGUGAUGUGAAUUUUCAGCCAUCGAACGAAUUGACCGUUGCAGUUUGCAGUUUUUACAUCGUACCAUUAUUGAAAUAAUACAUUACAUGCUCGUAAACUUAGCAGUCUAUAUUUUAUUUAUUUUUUUAUUUUAUUUAAAUAAGAACAUUUGUGUCGGCGGCGACGGUCGCGGUCUGGCGUUCGUGUAGUCAAGUUUUACGCAACCCUUAUAACACUUCACGAGUACAUA